AUGAGAUGCGAAAUUCUGAGAAUGGAAGUUGGUGAUAGUAGAAAACCUCUUUUUAAGAAGAAACAAAUCAAGGGGAAACUGAAGAAAGUUAGACGAGAUAGUAAUGAUUUAAAUGAUGGAGAAGGGCCAAUGGUCUAUAAGACUAAAAAACCGCUGUUUGUUAAGAAUACUUCCAAAUCCAGCAACAUACUGAAAUGGAUGAAACCCCCAGUAGAAAGUCAGCGAGGACAUCCCGAUGGAGGCAUUGAUGAAGGUCAGGAGUUUAUGGAGGGAAAAGACAUCAAUGAUUUCAAUGAAGGAGAUAUUAUUGUCCCUGAAUCGGAAGAAAGUUAUUUUGCUCCCAAGAAGUAUGUCCCUCAAAUGGAUCUAGGGGCAGAAUUAUCUCGAAAGACGUUCUUGGAUCAAGUGACCAAUGAAUACAGUGAAGAAGAUGAAGAAGAGAAACAUGAUAAUCUCAUUGCUGAUGAUUUGGAAAUGAAUAUUGAUGAUGUGAUAGUUGAAGGUAAUGAUAUUGAUGAUGAUAAGUAUGAUUUGCAAAUAAGUAGUGAUGAUGAAGAUGUGGUAAGAAUCAUCGAGCCAUUGACAGUGGCACAAGAAAUUGACAGAUUGGAAAAACUUAUGACUCUGUUGAAAGUUAGUAAGCAAAGUAAGAUGGUAGAAUUCGAUGUACAAAAACAACAAUUGAUUAGUCUUGCUGACAAGAAGGCUAGACUUGUGGAUGAUAUAUUGAAGGUAUAG